UACAACAUAUUCGCAGAGUCCAUCCGAGGACGGUGAAGAGUCUGGCAAAGUGAAUGGUCGGAAGCGUAAAACCCGAACGUCGUACAACCCGUCGAUGGAGGACAUCAGUGAGGAUGAGUCACAGAAUCCUUCCCCGACCAAACGAACCCGGGGAAAAACCCAAGAUGCCCAGGGCUCAAACUCGCCUGCCAGACGAUCGGGACGAAAUAGCGGCAAAACUGUGCAGGCAGACGGUGCUCCAGAACAGGACGAGGCGGACGACCUGAUGGAAGUUGGUGACGAUGGUUCGAAAGAAAAUAUCGCAACACCCAAAGAGGAGGACGCCAAUGGCAAGGAUACAAAAACAGACGAGGCAGUCAAGACGGAGUUACCAAAGGCGGCGAGCGGAACUUCAGCAACACCGGCACCCAGAGGGCGGGGUCGACCAUCUAAAGGGUCUGACACGCCCCGAGACACCCUGGGAGUGAAGAAUGUGGACGAGGAGGAGAACGAAACGGAGUGGGAUGAGAAAGGAGAACUCAAGAUCACAAAAGAUGGCGAAUUACUGGGCGGGCGGGAAUACAAGAUCAAAUCGUUCAUCCUGCCUCGCCACCCAAAGCGCCGUUACAUGCUCACAGUCGACAUCUCAAAGGGCUUACAGUAUCGUGACACUUAUAUCUUCUUCUUGAAGAAUCCACACAUCACCCGUAUCCAGGGUGACGAAAAGGACAAAGCAUUUUUGGAAGAGCAUGGGAUCCUGCCGGGCCAGCUUCGUCGCCGUCCCGUCUCCAUCGCUAGUGCUCGUAGCAUCUUCCGCGCUUUUGGACAUAAGUGUAUCAAAAGGGGCAAACCAGUGAGGGAUGACUAUUGGGUUGGAGAUCAAGAGGAACCCCCAGAUGAACCCGAACCUGAGGAGCCGGAGGACACCCCGCUACCACCGAGGAGAUCCGAUUCUCGAUUUGCGCAGCCCAUGCCUCGCGAGUCUACACUGCGUCGGCAGAUGCAUCGAAUGACACAUGAGGAACGAGAGCGGCUGAUGCCGUUUUCCACGGGCAAUCGCAUUCUGAUUCCUGCGCUUGCUGUUGGUGAUGAGCAGCUGUAUAAGCGCGCGGCGUCCGCGGCUGAUUUCAACCGCCGGCUCCGUUUACAGAGGUCCACAAGCUUCUUCGACACCCACACGAAUAUUGAGCAGAUGCCAUCUCUGUCUCAACCGCAGUCAAUAUCUGUCGAGAUGAAAGUCGGGUCGAUAGCGGACAUUGCUCGCGGGAAUGGCCUCUCGAUAGUACAGAAUACGGACCCCACCGAUUCUGAUUGGGUACGUGUGGAAAUACCUCCAGAGGACGAAUUAUACCCAAUAGCUAUUAUUCCAGGACAAUAUCAAGGAGCAUUCCCAGUAGCUCGGAACAGAUUCUCCGCAAGCGAUGUUGUUCCCGCGGAUCCGACUCCAGCUGCAGCGCCCAACGUGAAAGAUAUAACCCGCGCUUCAACACCAGCACCGGUAGCCCUGCCACUCCCACAAUCGGCCUCCAAAGCAGCUGCAUCGCCUGCGUACGCGAUUCCCAAGGUGCGACAUGCGGAAUAUACCUGCGGGGAAAUUACUCGCACAGGGUUGCCUUGUAAGCGUGUAGUAUUCACCGCUAAUGAGAAGUGCCUAUACCAUGCGAAAGCGGUGGACGUUCCGGCAGUGGACCCCAAUGCAUGCGUUCACUGCCACAGCAUAACGCCCAGCCCGGCCCAACCCACCACCAAACCGCUCCCUAACAUCUUACUCAGCUGCGCUAGCUGCAAAACGAAGCAUCAUCCAUCAUGCAUCGAUUUUGACGACGCGGUCCUGAUUAAUAAGGUGCAAACAUAUUCGUGGCAUUGCAGCGAUUGCAAGACGUGCGUCAAGUGUCAUAAAGCGGGCGAUGAUAGCCGGUUGUUGUUCUGUGAUACCUGUGACCGGGGAUAUCAUACGUUUUGCUUGGAGCCGCCGUUGGAUGAAGCGCCGGAAGGCACAUGGCUGUGUCCGCUCUGCGCUGUUUGCGCAUCAUGCGCGACCACCAAAGCCACCGACUGGAAGCACGCCAUCAUCCCACCCGAACCCGAGAAGAAGUCAACAUCGUACGGCACAUACCUCUGCACAUACUGCCCAGAUUGCUACCGUCAAUUCGAAGCCAGCAUGUUCUGCCCGGUAUGCAUGGGUAUGUAUAAAGAAGACGAGGAGGCUGCGAUGGUUUGCUGUGAUGCAUGUGAUAGAUGGAUCCAUGUAGCAUGUGACGCGACCUUAACAUCAGCGCAGUAUGAGAAAUUAGUGGAAGACUCGGACAGCAAGUAUACAUGCCUGCUUUGCGACGAUACCAAGAUCGAGACGUUGCGGACUCAGGAUAGUGAAACCCCUGUCACUGGCGACGGGGUGAAAGUGGAGAGGAAGGUGAUUGAGUUCGAUAGGAAGAAGAUGGUUGUGCCCAUUGUUGGGAAAGAGAAGAAGAGGAAAUUGAAGUCAUGAGCUGGAGGAUUGGCCUUUGGUCAAGAGUACGGGUAUUCGGUUGUGGAUAGUGGAUUCCCAUUGGGCAUACUCCGACGGUUUCGAAUAGGAGUAAAACUUCUCGCUGCAGAUAUAUGUCAGCAACACAUGACCGCAAUCUGCUGUUCAUUCCACGUCCCAGACUUUUUUUGAUAUUCUUCGUCGUACUUCAUACAUUAGCUCACAUGAAGGCACGAGAAAAAAGAGCGAGGCAGUCCAUGCAUUGUCCUGUCAAAGGGGGC